AUGAAUACUUACUGCUCAGCUACCUAUCAAAAUACUUAUUUCGACUCUCCGAGUUUUUUCAUAUCAACUCUUCAUCUUUUUGGAUUCAUUUCAAUUCCAGUCAACUUAUUUGGAUGUUACUGUAUUUUGUUUCAAACUCCUAAAGUAAUGAGUUCCAUGAGGUGGAGCCUAUUCAACUUGCAGUUAACCUCCUUUGUUUUUGAUUUAAUGCUCUCCUAUUUCUGCACACUUGGCUACUUGGUUCCGUUAGUGGGUGUAUAUCGAAUAGGCAUUCUUGAUAUAGAAGUUGCAGAGUACAUUUGGAUAACAGUGGCGGCGGUUUUUACGACGGAUGCGCAGUCAUUGUUGUACUAGAAAACCGACUUUCCAUUUUGUUAAUCAAUCCAACAAAAUGGGAAUAUGCACGUUCGCCAUUCUUUGCAUUUUACUAUUUUACUGCUAUUGCCACCUUCUAUCCAGUUUAUGCUACAAUGCCACCAGGAAUAGAGUACAAAAAAGAUUUUAUCAUAGAGUCUCUUCCCUGCCUUAGGGCUGGCCAAAUGUCAAAAAAUACGACAACUUAAAAAAUAUUCACGUGACGGGGGUCACUCUUCGACACUUUUGUUUUUGUCAAUAUUUGACGUGUCGAAAACCGACACCGUCGAGUUUAGACACUCGAAACGUUGAUUUAUUGUUUUUAUUUUUGAUUUUAUUUCCCAGUUCACGUUUUUUCAAAUGAGCACAGAAAACAAUGAUGUGGCAGUUGAAAAAUUUAAUAAAAUACUUUGAUUAACAAUUAUAAUUUUCAUUCAUUUUUAUCCACGUAUUCAGUGUCGAAAAGCGACACCACGAAGUGUCAAGAAAUGACUUUCUAAUUUUUUGAAUCACGUGUGAGAUUCAUUUUUCGACUACAGAAAUAAAUGAAAAUUUUUGUUUAUUGACGACACUUGGCCAGCCCUACCCUGCCUAUCAGAUGAAGUUCGCGCUCUCCCUCUCUACCUUGCCGUGGAAAACAAAUUGCAAUAUCUGAUGGGGACUGUAGGAGAAGCAAUACUACUUUAUGUUACCUGCUUGGCACUCUUUUUUCAAAUCUACCGUGCUCUUAAAAAAUAUGGCAAAGUCCGUUCGAAACAAACCUUGGAACUACAAAAAAAGCUGAUGAAGGCGAUGUUUUUGCAAUUGGCAAUUCCCUUUUCCAUUAUCUCCAUUCCAAUGGCCUAUUUCUCAUAUACACCAUUUUUCAAUGCGGCAUUGAAUAAUACUAUGUAUAUUAUAGUUGCAACACAUGGUUUCAUAUCAACAAUUGUUAUGCUCAUUGUACAGAAACCUUACCGAGAAUUUAUCCUGGGAGGUUUCGGGAAGUUUUUUAAACUGAGACAGUCUAGCGAAAAUGUUUCGGGGAUCAGUUUACACUCGAUGAAUACAAUUGUAGCACCAAACCGAAUGUUUUGAAUAAAUACUACUUUAAACAUUGUUUUUGCAUUGAUUCAAAGCACCGUUUUCUAACGUCGUAACA